GCCCAGGAGGGAGCCGGAGCCUCUCCGGUCCCCCGCGUCCCCGCGCCCCGGGCAUGUCCCUGCGGUCCCGGAGCCCUCCCUCCUGAGCCUCCGGCGCGUGUGGCUGCGCUCCCGCCCCCGCUCCCUCCGUAGGCGCCCGGAGACGCUUUGGUGUCCCCCUGGCUGGUCCCCCGCGCUGCCGCCCGCCCCCGGCCCAUCCGCCAUGCAGGCGCGGGCGCUGCUCCUGGCCGCGCUGGCCGCGCUGGCGCUGUCCCGGGAGCCCCUGGCCGCGUCGUGCCCCACGCGCUGCGACGUGUCGCGGUGCCCCAGCCCCCGCUGCCCUGGUGGCUACGUGCCCGACCUCUGCAACUGCUGUCUGGUGUGCGCCGCCGUCGAGGGCGAGCCAUGCGGCCGCCCCGUCGACUCGCCGUGCGGGGAGAGCCUGGAGUGCGCGCGCGGUGUGUGUCGCUGCCGCUGGGCGCACGCCGUGUGCGGCACCGACGGGCACACCUAUGCCAACGUGUGCGCGCUGCAGGCGGCCAGCCGCCGCGCGCUGCAGCUCUCCGGGACGCCUGUGCGCCAGCUGCAGAAGGGCGCCUGCCCAUCGGGUCUCCACCAGCUGACCAGCCCACGGUACAAGUUCAACUUCAUUGCUGAUGUGGUGGAGAAGAUCGCUCCGGCCGUGGUCCACAUAGAACUCUUCCUGAGACACCCUCUGUUUGGCCGAAACGUGCCCCUGUCCAGCGGCUCGGGCUUCAUCAUGUCGGAGGCGGGCCUGAUCAUCACCAACGCCCACGUGGUGUCCAGCAGCAACACUGUCUCAGGCCGGGAGCAGCUCAAGGUGCAGCUGCAGAACGGUGACACCUAUGAGGCCACCAUCAAAGACAUCGACAAGAAGUCGGACAUCGCCACCAUCAAGAUCCACCCCAAAAAAAAGCUCCCGGCACUGCAGCUGGGUCACUCGGCAGACCUGCGGCCUGGCGAGUUCGUCGUGGCCAUUGGCAGCCCCUUUGCCCUGCAGAACACCGUGACCACGGGCAUCGUCAGCACGGCCCAGCGGGACGGCCGGGAGCUGGGCCUCCGGGACUCAGACAUGGACUAUAUCCAGACAGACGCCAUCAUCAACUACGGGAACUCCGGGGGACCGCUGGUGAACCUGGAUGGCGAGGUCAUUGGCAUCAACACACUCAAGGUUGCGGCCGGCAUCUCCUUUGCCAUCCCCUCGGACCGCAUCACGCGCUUCCUCUCGGAGUUCCAGGACAAGCCGGGCAGAGGGGUUGGGGUGCAGAGGCCUCUGGGGGACUUUCAAGACUGGAAGAAGCGCUUCAUCGGCAUACGGAUGCGGACCAUCACACCAAGUUUGGUGGAAGAACUGAAGGCCGGCAACCCAGACUUCCCGGCGGUCAGCAGUGGGAUUUACGUGCAGGAGGUUGUUCCAAACUCGCCUUCUCAGAGAGGGGGCAUCCAAGAUGGCGACAUCAUUGUCAAGGUCAACGGGCGCCCUCUGGCGGACUCGAGCGAGCUGCAGGAGGCUGUCCUGACUGAGUCCCCCCUGCUGCUGGAGGUGAGGCGGGGGAACGAUGACCUUCUCUUCAGCAUCGCACCCGAGGUGGUCCUGUGAACGUGGGCCACCUCCCUCCAUCGCCGAGCUCCAGAGCCUGCGGCCAAGCACAGGUGCCAGCAGACUGGUUCCGUCCCAAGCUGCUGCCUCCCGCAGGAUCAGGACAAGGGACUGCGGCUGGUCCACAGCAGAGCCAGUGGCCUCCUCCCAGCCUUCCAGGGUCAGAGCCACAGGCUGGGCUUGGCUGGGGGUCCGCAUCUCAGCCUUCAGGGAGCGUUGGCUUCCACGUCACAGGGCCCCUGGGGCAGCCUGAUGUCCCCACCCCCAACAAAUGCUCCUGAGGGCCCGUCCCAGUUCCCUGGGUCUAGAUAACUCUUGUACUUCCCCGAAGUCCCAUCCUCUCUCCCACCUUCCUGUCUUUGCGCCUAUCCAUACCUCUCUCUGAAAUGCUCUCUGCUCCUCCCACCCGACUCUCGCCUCUUCAGGUCUCAGCCCCCCAGCCUCCUCCUCUCCUAGGUUCUCCUCCCUGGCCCCCCACGCCCAGUAGCACAGAGCCCACCACGUUGAAUGACCAGGGCUGUUUGCCUGGUCAGCCUGGAGUCCCUGGAGGGUGGGCCACGUCUGCCCCCUUGAGGAGUCAGGUGUGGCAGGUCUGGCCCGGAGCCGACCCCGCGGGAUGUUCCCUGGCUGCCCAGCUGAGCCCUGGGGCUGGGCGACAAGGUCCGCCUUCCCAGGCGGGAGAGGAGCUGGCAGGGAGCAGAGUGUGUCUGGCCCCCCCGGAAGGCCAGCUCAUCCUCUGAGAGGAGACCAGGGGGCGGUAGGCCGAGGAGACGGGGACCCACAGAGGGAGGGUGGCGAGGACUGAGCCGGCCUCGCCUCCCGUGCUGGUCUGUGUGGAGCAAGGACUGGCAGCAUCACCCCAGGAGCCGGCGAAAGGUGCUUCCUCUCUGCGGGGAGCCUGUUUCUAGGCGGGUCCGUGAGCUUCGCUGUCCAGUCCGGUCCCAUGUUGCUUGUACUGUAUGUUUCUCUACUGUACGGAAAUUAAAGUUUACAAAGCACAGA